AUGAGCGUCACAUCUCAGCAGGGUACUGAACCCUCCCCCUCAAGCAGCUCCGACGAUAUCAGCUCCUCUCCAGCGUCUUUGAGGCAAACGGCCUCAAUCAGCAAUGUCUUGAAACCCAAGAGCGAGAGAAAGGACAAGGCUCUGCUGACACCCGUGAUGGUCCUCGAGAUCUACUCCUGCCGCAACGUGGCAGCAGCGAGCAAGACGGCAGAGAGCUCAGAGGUUGGGAGUAGGUACACGGUCAGCUCAAAGUGCGUGAGGGACAUCUGGGACAGGAAGACGUGGGCGAAGACAACUCGACAGCUGUGGACGAUGGAGGAGAAGCUGGAGUAUGACCGUGGGCACCCGCGAGGUCCCGGUCGACCAAAAGGAUCGAAGGAUUCGAAGCCAAGGAAACCAAGAAUAAGGAGAAAGGACCCUCCAUACUCGCAGAGCUCUGACAGCGGGUCGCUGCUGCUAGGGAAAGAACAAGGGGGGCAGGCAUCAGGUGUACCAGUAGAUGUUUGUGGGGCAUCGAGCCCGAGGAAGCGAGAGGAGGAAAUGGAAGUGAAGAGGAGGAACGGGUCGAGUGAGUCGCCAAGGCCAGCGAGCGACGUGACAGACAGGAGCGGAUCGUGUGAUGAGGGCGGAGGAAGGGACAGAGAUAGCACCGCGCUGUGUCUGAACAGCAACGAGCAAACUACAGGCUCGUCUCCCGACAUGAGCUGCUCAAUAGAAAGUCCGCAGUGGGUUGCUCCGCCAACCGCCGAAGGGAUUCAACACUACAUGCAAGCAAGGGACAGCUCGGAGGAGUGCUGA